AUGUCUCAUUCAAAACACGAACUAAGCGCUCAGUUUUGUCGUGUUUGCGGUGACCGGGCGUCGGGCAAACAUUACGGUGUAUUGAGUUGUGACGGAUGUCGGGGUUUCUUUAAGCGAUCGGUUCGUCGCAAUUUGAUCUACACGUGCAAAGAGACGGGUGUUUGCUUUGUCGAUGUCUCCACAAGAAAUCAGUGUCAAUACUGUCGAUUUCAGAAAUGUUUAUCAGUCAAUAUGAAAAGAGAAGCCGUUCAACACGAGAGAGUUAAUUGCAAUACAAACACUAGAAAUGUUGGCAAUAGUUCACGAUUUUUAAGCAAAUGUUUAACCGAUAAAAGAAAUUCUUCAAAAUUAUGUUUUAGAAGUGCUGGUCAUCCGACUAGUAGUCAAACAUCAGUGAAUCCGGUUGUGGCCGACUCGACCACUUCGUCACCGAUUUGUUUGGGCACUCAAUUCAUGCCAACCUCUCUAUCRAUUUCUAACUCGACUUCACUUUCAUCGCAACAACAUUGGAACAGCUCUUUGCCAUUGCUUUAUUCACCCAAUUAUUAUACAAUUACUUCAAAUACAUUCACUCAAUUGACAAGAAUUGUGUUUAGCACAGUUCAUUGGGGUCUAAGUAUACCUGCAUUUCAAGCACUGGACAGAAGUGACCAAAAGUUGUUAUUAGAGGAAACGCUAAAUGAGUUACUAAUCUUAACAAUAAUGCAACAAACAAUGCAUUUAAAUACUGAAAACACUAAUUAUACGAUUCUGGUUCUCAAUAAUUAUUUUAAUAAUAAUAUUGAACAACAAAAACUCAUAGAUCUCGUCGAUUAUGUUAAAAGUCUGCAAAUAAAUCAAAUUGAAUUUACAUGUCUUAAAGUGCUUCUCCUAUUCAGAGGUGAAUGCAGUGGUCUGUCCAAUGGUGAGCACAUCAGAUCCAUGAGAGACGAAGCACUUAUACUAUUGAAUGAACAAAUACUGAACAGGAUAUCAGUGCCGACAAACACAGUGAGCAUCACUUCGACCGCCACUUCAUUAACGCUUCGUUUUGGUCGUCUUUUGCUACUAUUAUCAGCUCUUAAGCGACUCAAUAGAUCUCAUUUUGCGACCAUUCAUAAUAGUUUAUUGGGUUUAGCUUUCAAUCAAUUGCAUAUUUAG